GAAGUAUACACAGAUGGGUGGAUUACUGAUUCAAGAAAAUUAAACCGAGCAAAUAGUGAAGAAGGUGCAAACAAUUUGUACCAGGGGGAGUAAGAUUUUAAAUAACUGCAAUUUAUUUGCGUCCACACGCUGGAAGGUCAAACUUCAACGUCAUCCAGCGAUCUGGACGCACCAAUCGAUUUAAUGUAACGUUAAAUACGGCCUGACACAUCUAAUUAUUGCGUAUCUACGCUUGUGGCGUAGGUUUACCAUUCACAGAAAGUUACACAUUUAACGCCUGGCGUUUAUUUGAGGGAUAGGAUUGGACAUCAGACCACAACUAAGUAUCGUGAGGCAAGAGGAAGAUGCUGCUACAUAUAGGAGGAAAGCGCUCUGCCCUGGGCAUGUUGGCCAUCAGGAGGGCGUGGUAUAUGACCCGCUCCGCCCACACCUCACCUCAGACACUGGAGUACAAACCCAUCAAAAAGGUCAUGGUGGCCAACAGAGGAGAGAUUGCCAUCCGUGUUUUCCGGGCAUGCACAGAGCUGGGGAUCCGCACGGUUGCCGUCUACUCCGAGCAGGACACGGGUCAGAUGCACAGACAAAAGGCAGAUGAGGCUUACCUAAUCGGAAAGGGAAUGCAACCUGUAGCAGCCUACCUGCAUAUACCAGACAUCAUCAAAGUGGCCAAGGAGAAUGACGUGGAUGCCAUUCACCCAGGCUAUGGCUUCCUUUCAGAAAGAGCAGAUUUUGCCCAGGCAUGUGCUGAUGCUGGGGUUCGUUUUGUCGGCCCCAGCCCAGAGGUGGUGCGCAAGAUGGGAGACAAAGUCGAGGCUCGUGCCAUUGCCAUAAGUGCAGGUGUGCCGGUGGUACCUGGAACAAACGCUCCCAUCUCGACUUUGCAGGAAGCUCAGGAGUUCUCCAAAACCUAUGGCUUCCCAAUUAUCUUCAAGGCAGCAUAUGGCGGUGGAGGCCGUGGAAUGCGUGUAGUCAGGGAGUAUGAGGAACUGGAGGAGAACUAUCAGCGGGCGUACUCUGAGGCCCUGGCAGCCUUUGGCAAUGGAGCUCUGUUUAUGGAGAAGUUCAUAGAGAAACCCAGACAUAUCGAGGUCCAGAUCCUGGGAGAUAAAUACGGCAAUGUCAUUCACUUGUACGAGAGGGACUGCUCCAUCCAGAGGAGGCACCAGAAGGUGGUGGAGAUCGCCCCGGCCUCGCAACUCGACCCGCACCUCAGAGACCGACUGACCGCUGACUCCGUUAACCUCGCCCGACAGGUUGGUUAUGAAAAUGCAGGCACAGUGGAGUUCCUGGUUGACAAACACGGUAAACACUACUUCAUCGAGGUCAACUCCCGUCUGCAAGUGGAGCACACAGUUACAGAGGAGAUCACAGAUGUGGAUCUGGUACACGCUCAGCUGCGAGUAUGUGAAGGUCGCAGUCUGCCAGAGCUGGGCCUGAAACAGGACAAGAUACGGAUCAAUGGAUAUGCAAUCCAGUGCCGUGUGACCACUGAGGACCCAGCACGUGGCUUUCAGCCUGACACGGGGAGACUGGAGGUCUUCCGCAGUGGAGAGGGCAUGGGAAUCAGGCUGGACAGCGCCUCUGCCUUCCAGGGUGCACUCAUUUCCCCUCAUUACGAUUCCCUCCUGGUUAAAGUGAUCGCCAGCGGAAACGACCUGCCAGCUGCCUCUGCCAAAAUGAGCAGAGCGUUAGCGGAGUUUCGGGUCCGUGGGGUCAAGACAAACAUCCCCUUUCUCCAGAAUGUGCUGAGUAACAGUCAGUUUCUGAACGGGACAGUAGACACUCAAUUCAUCGAUGAGAAUCCAGACCUCUUCAACCUCAAACCAGCCCAGAACCGAGCCCAAAAACUGCUGCACUACCUGGGUCAUGUUAUGGUGAACGGCCCGACUACUCCGAUUCCCGUCAAGGCUAAACCUUCUCCCAUCGAUCCGGUCAUCCCAACAGUACCUCUUGGUGAGCCACCAGUGGGUUUCAGGGAUGUGUUGCUGAGAGAGGGUCCAGAUGGAUUUGCGAAGGCGGUGCGUGCCCACCGGGGUCUGCUGCUUAUGGACACCACGUUCAGAGACGCCCACCAGUCCCUCUUGGCCACUCGCGUACGCACUCACGACCUCAAACGGAUCGCGCCGUUUGUGUCUCACAACUUCAGCAACCUCUUCAGUGUGGAAAACUGGGGAGGUGCUACGUUUGAUGUGGCAAUGCGUUUUCUGUGCGAGUGUCCCUGGAAGAGGCUGCAGGAGUUGAGAGCCUUGAUGCCAAACGUGCCUUUUCAGAUGCUUCUGAGAGGUGCCAACGCCGUUGGAUACACCAACUACCCUGACAAUGCCGUCUACAAAUUCUGCGAAGUGGCCAAGGAAAAUGGCAUGGAUAUCUUCCGCGUUUUCGACUCGCUGAACUAUCUUCCCAACAUGCUCUUGGGGAUGGAAGCAGCCGGAGCGGCAGGAGGAGUGGUGGAGGCGGCCAUCUCGUACACGGGUGACGUCUCUGACCCCACCAGACAGAAAUACUCCUUGGACUACUAUCUCAAACUGGCAGAUGAGCUGGUUAAAGCUGGAACUCACAUCCUUUGUAUCAAGGAUAUGGCGGGUCUGCUGAAGCCCGACUCCAGCAGUUUGCUGGUGGGUGCGUUGAGAGACCGCUUCCCUGACGUGCCCAUACACGUGCACACGCACGACACCGCAGGGGCCGGGGUGGCCGCCAUGCUGGCAUGCGCAAAGGCCGGUGCUGACAUUGUGGACGUGGCGGUGGACUCCAUGGCCGGGAUGACGUCCCAACCAAGCAUGGGUGCAAUUGUGGCAUGUACCAGAGGCACUGAUCUCAAUACUGGCAUCUCUCUCGAGAAAGUUUUUGACUACAGUGAGUAUUGGGAGGUGACCCGGGGCCUUUAUGCUCCAUUUGACUGCACAGCGACCAUGAAGUCUGGGAAUGCUGAUGUCUAUGAGAAUGAGAUCCCAGGUGGCCAGUACACCAACCUCCAUUUUCAAGCGCACAGUAUGGGGCUGGGGAACAAGUUUAAGGAAGUAAAGAAAGCCUACACAGAAGCCAACAAGCUGCUUGGAGACCUCAUCAAAGUAACUCCCUCCUCUAAGAUUGUGGGCGAUCUGGCACAGUUCAUGGUGCAGAACUCUCUGAGUCGGGCGGAGGUGGAGGAGAGGGCGGAUGAACUGUCUUUCCCCCUCUCCGUGGUGGAGUUCCUGCAAGGGCACAUCGGCAUCCCACACGGAGGCUUCCCUGAGCCCUUUAGGUCAAAGGUUUUAAAGUCUCUGCCCCGUGUGGAGGGCCGUCCUGGAGCUUCUCUCCCCGCCAUGGAUUUUCAAGCUUUGGAGAAGCAACUGCGAGAAGCCCACGGGCAUAAAAUCACCCCAGAGGAUGUGAUGUCAGCUGCCAUGUACCCCAAAGUGUUUCAGGAGUACAAAGAUUUUACUAAAACCUUCGGCCCUGUGGACUGUCUCGACACCAGAAUUUUCCUGGACGGACCCAAGAUUGCUGAAGAGUUUGAGGUGGAACUGGAACGAGGCAAGACUCUCCACAUCAAAGCUUUGGCUCUGGGAGAUCUUAAUAAAGCCGGUCAGAGAGAGGUUUUCUUCGAGCUCAACGGUCAGCUCAGAUCCGUACUUGUCAAGGACACCGUGGCCAUGAAGGAGAUGCAUUUCCACCCUAAAGCACUGAAGGACGUUCGCGGACAGAUAGGAGCUCCUAUGCCCGGCAAGGUGGUGGAGGUGAAAGUGAAGCAGGGUCAGAAGGUGGAGAAAGGGCAGCCGCUGUGCGUCCUCAGCGCCAUGAAGAUGGAGACGGUGGUUAACUCGCCGCUGUCUGGCACCGUGGCCAAGGUGUACGUGACCAGCGACAGCACCCUGGAAGGAGAUGAUCUUAUUCUGGAGAUCACUGAAUAGAUAUCAAGGCCUGUAGCAGGGAACAUGACAUCUCAUCACUGCCAACCCCUGCAACACUAAACACACACUCGCACACUAAAAUCGACACACUUACUAUACAUAAGGUGGCAGACGCGUUACCCGAACACGUCAGGCAUAACAAAAGGUGGAAGGCUGAGUUGUCAACAACGUGAUUCUGAAAAUGCAUUCUUGAAUAGUGUCAUAUGCGCUUAUUUGCGAUCCUUCAUCACUUUUAUUGUCUGUGAGAAGGAUGUGAACUAGCGUUUAGCUUUUUUUAGUAGCUGCUAAUGUCUGUUAAUUGUUAAUGAAAGUAGUGAUCACUAAAAGAUUUAUGCUAAGAAUGAAGCAAUAAAUAAAUAACCAAAUUAGUCUUAAUAUAGGCCGCGUUUCUGUGUGUCUUACACACAGUAUGCAAUCGUUUACAUGAAUGCACUAUAAAAUAGUUCUUGAGAGCUAACAAAAAUCCCAAUCAUCCAAAAUAUAUCCUAUACACAGUCCAUACCCCUAACUAGAGCACAAAUUGUCUUUUUGAGCACAGUUGCAGAUGAAUAUUCAUCUUUAAGUCUUAUUAUAGAGUAGCGUAAAUUAUCGACCAGUUAAUUGUGUCAUAAAUACCUGCUCUUCUUUAACCAAUGGCCUUGCUCAUUUAAUUGGUCAGACAGAUAAAUGCUCAGACACGAGUGUGUUGAGUUCCACUGAGGGCAAUGACGAUCGAUGGCUUUAUAUUUAAGAGCACUUAUAGACUCUUUGGGGACUGCAGGGAACACUCGGUUGAAAUGCAGACUUUAGGGGGACCUUCAUUUCCCAGGACUCAUCUCAUGCUUCUGUUUCAAUCCCUCCCUUAAUGCGAUUUUAUUUCGCCGUCCCGUUACAUUCCCCUAAGCAACAGAUGCCUCAUGGCCGCUAUGCUGGCACAAAUAGCUGUAGUCUCCAGCAUUGUCUAAUUUCCCAUGUUGAACACAAUUGAUAUAAUUUGUAACUGAUAAUGAGAGGUUUGAUUUAAUGGCCCGUUUAAUUGAAAGCACUCGUCCUGGAAUCUACGAGAUGCUUGGCUGUUCCCGCUGAAGAGGUCCACCGGGCAGCAUCUGAAAUAGCCGAAACAAUCUCGACCCUAAGUAGACCACUUCUUCGACAAGGACCAAUAGCUUGUAACUUGGAUGUGUUCACGUCAUUUAUGGAGAGCAGUAUGGUAUUUCAAUGCGCACCCACAAAUGUGAUGCCAUUAAAAUGGGCUAAUGGUUUUUUGAGAGAUACAGGAUCGCUUAUUAUUUUGGAUCUUAGAGCUCUGAACAUCUGUGAGUGAAUGUAGUAAACUGUUCUCAUCAUCAGUUUUUCACUGUGUUUAAUAUAAACUUAUUCGAUGACUGACGGUAAAUACAUCUCUGCUAACUUGUGUAUCACAACAGGCACUAAAUUGUUGGGAGGGGGAAGCACCAUGUUGUCUUUUGACUUUAUUUGGUUCCAGUAUCUGUUUGGGGCACAGGCGGGGGUGUUGGAAAGGCUCUGGAAAAGUCCUUGAUGUUUUCAGGCUGUUGGCUCGUCCUGUUAACCCUCUCUCGGCUCGUCUAUAAGAGUUUUUGAGCUGACAAGUGGAUAAAGCCGGGCUUAAAAAUACAACAAUGCAUUAUUUGAUCAAAGUUGGGUCAUGCGCAAUCCUAAUAUAGCAUUGAACGUAGCUGAUUUGUUCUUUAGGCACAAUGGUAACUUACAGGGUAAAUAUCUCAGUGUUAAUAAAUCUUUUAACUUGAAAUGUUUUUUGGGGGAACUGGAACUGAUCUGUGUGAGAUUUUGGAUGUGAUGCCUUUAAUAGUAGCCUAUAUGUGCAUUGAAUGUGUCUUUUUUUCCUUCUGUGAAUUCAUCUCUUUCCAUCUGUUUUGAUAAUGAAUAUUACAACAUAUGCAAAUACUAAUUUACCCUACUCAUGUUCGUUUAUCAUAGAUAAGUGUUGGAGAACAAAAUAAAUGAAUAAAAGGAAGAUAAUG